ACAACAGACACAAAUCGGGGCUCUCUGUUGAUUAGUCUCUGCUACUUGCCUGCAGCCAAUAGGAUGACAGUAGUGGUCCUCAAGGCCGAGGGUCUUCCCAAGGCUGAUAUUGCAGACACUUCCGGCAAUCCAUAUGUGAAAAUUUAUUUCAUGGAGGGUAAUCGCCGGAUCGCCAAAAAGAAGACGCAUGUGAAGAAGAGAACCUCAGCUCCGGUCUUUAACGAAGCCUUUGCCCUGGAAAUACCUCAACAGGCUAAACUGGAGAACCUAAGAUUGCACUUCCGUGUGGUUAACUGGGAGCGAGAUACGCCGAGCAAGGUUAUUGGCCACGUCAAUAUCAGUGCCCAGGCCAGUGAUGCCGCCCGCCAGCAGUGGAAAACUGCCAUUGAGACGCCUCGACGGCAGGUGGCCGAAUGGCAUCCAAUCCUGGCGUGA